ACGAGGAUGGUGGCGUUGAGAACGGUGGUGCUGCCGGUGGUGGUGCUGGUGGUGCUGCUGGCUGUUUGCACAGGAACUAAGGACACUGAGAAUGGCUGCCGUGAGGCUGGUGGACACUGCGUGCUCGCCAAAAACUGUAAUGUCACGUCUUCGCAACAUAACUGUGGGAAACAAAAUCAAGUCUGCUGCCUCAUUCGAACAAAGGAUAACAAAACAAGGAGACAAAAAGCCAGUAAACGGACAGACGUAAAGAUCAAAAGGCUUCAACGAAAGAAAAAAAAGCAAGACAAUAAAAUGAAGAUCUUAAAAAAACCGCAGAAGAUUCAAACGAAAGUGAAGAAAACAAGUCCUGUCAGUGCAGACCCAACACUAAGGAAAAUUACGACUUGCAAGGCGAGCGGUGGAAAGUGCGUAUCGGAGAAGUCCAAGUGUCAGACAGUCAGAGCUGAAGAAUGUUCCGAAGGAGAAAUAUGCUGCGAGGACUCUGGUAAAUCUAAAAAACUAGUUGGCAGAAGAAGAAUGAUUAAGAAGAGGAAGAAGACAAAGAAGAUAGGCUGUGAGGAGCUGGGCGGAAGGUGCAUAUCGGAGAAGUCCAAGUGCCAGAGAGUUAAAGCCGAGGAAUGCUCCAAAGGAGAGAUAUGUUGUGAGGACUUGGUCAGCGAAACUCAAGGGGCAGUCGGUAGAACGGAGAAAAAUGCGUGCAGUGAGCAUGGUGGAAUUUGCAGAUCCAAGUCGUAUAAGUGCACCAGAGUUAAGGCCAAGGGUUGCUCCAAGGGAGAAAAAUGCUGUGAGUAUUGA